CAGAAAUAUUUUCCUACGCCGGUUAUUGUUUUUUUUUUUUACCAAUUUAAAAGAAUUGUAUAAGUUGUUCAUAAAUAUCAAAUAACAAAGGAAUAUGAAUCCAAACGAUCCCCAACAGCAACCACAACACCCUUUGGCCAAUUACCAAUUUUCCUCUGAAGAAUUGAGAGUAUUUCGGGAAUGUAAUUCAGAGUCAUUUUUUCAACGUUCAUUGCCGUUGGGUACAACAUUUGGUCUGGCAGCCUACUUAGGUGUUAAACAAGGAUUAAUACCGGCUAAUAUUAAAUAUGGGUCAGUGCCCAAAGUAAUACUUGGUGUUAUCAUGGGUUAUUUUGUGGGUAAAUUCAGUUACCAGCAAAAGUGUGCCGAGAAAAUUAUGGCUUUACCCGAUUCCCGUUUGGGAGAAAUUUUAAGACAGCGCAAAAAUCAAGGCGGUUUAGCGGGUUAUAAACCUGAUCAGAGCUUAACCAUGGGCAUGGGUUUGGGUGCUUUUGCCCCCAAUCCCAAUGACGUCUACACAGAUGGAGACCUGCGUCCCACUAACAAAGGAAAUGCCCUUAAUUUGGAUAUGGAAUCGAGGCCCUCCUUUUCCGGCCUGGACGAUAUCUACCGGCCCAAUUUAGAUAGUCCCUCUACAACACUAGUUGAUGCUGAUAUACCUUUGGAACCGGUUAAGCCCGGCACCAGCUACGAAGAAUUGCGUAAACGUAAUCGUGAAGAAUACUUAAAGAAACAACAAAAUCCAUUUUCCAAACCUUUGCCUCCUGAUGCCCCUGUGGUCAUGAGGCAGUCAGAAAGACCUUCUGCAUCCAGUAGUGGAAAUGAUACUGCUGCUAAGAAUUUGCAAACAAAUAAAUACGGCGACGCUUGGGUGGAAUAAAUUUUAAGCAAUACUUAAACUCAAAAGUACUUUUCCCUAAUCAAAUAAUUCGUGAUUUGUUUUUAAUUUUUUCAUAUUUUAUUUUUUAUUUUUGCUAAAAAUGUAUUUCAGUUUUGUUAUUUAUUACAAAUUAAUAAAAAAAAAAGUUAUUUCAUGUUGGAAAACGGAAGCUUAGCUUCUUAAAUUAA